AUGGCCUCCGCAAAGGGGGUAUUGCGGAACGUGCAGGCGCAGGAGGAAGCGUCUCCGCAUUCCCCGCGGGAAGGGGGGGUCUUGCGCAACGAUGAGCUGGCACGUCAGCUGGAGCAACUUAAAGACAUCGACGCAUUGCAGGCCCUAGCACACAGCAUGGCAGCAGGAGGAAAGGAAGGCUCAUCUGUGCUGACCACGGCUCAACUGGGGGAGGUGAUAUCUGCGCUGCAGGCGCAGGUGCAGGCUGAGGUGGCAACGCAUCAUGACGACCUGCUGCAGCAGCUAUCCUCGUUAAAAGACACAGAGGGCGUGCUGUCUGUGGUGCGCGCUGGAGUCGACUCGUUACUAGCCUCCGUCCAGCGCGUGCGGGCAGAGAUAGCAGACCCGUAUCGGGCCAUUCAGGUGAAGACACGUCAGCUGGCAGCUCUGUACGACACCAUGGAACUGCUGCGAGCUGUGAUCAAGUACCUCAAACUGGUGCGCAAGCUGUGGGAGCACCUGAAUGUUGGGGUGGAGAAGGCGGAGCUGGGGAAGGCGGGGCAGGUGCACAAGCUGAGGGAGCACCUGGGUGCGGGGGUAGAGAAGGCGGAGCUGGGGAAGGCAGGGCAGGUGUGGCGGGAGGUGCGCAAGCUGCAGGAGCACCUGAAUGGGGGGGUAGAGAAGGCGGAGCUGGGGAAGGCGGGGCAGGUGUGCGCAAGCUGCGGGAGCAUUUAG